AUGGUGCAAUAUUUGCCGUUUUGUCAACCAGAACUUGCAGAAAACAUCAACAACUACAGUAACAAUAGAAACAUCAACAAACACAACAACAACAGCAACAUUGUCAACAAUAACAACUACAACAACAUUAACAACAUUAACAACUACAACAACAUCAACAACAACAACAAGAUUAACAACGACAACAACUAUAGCAACCACAAAAAAAACAACAAACCCAACAAAAACAUCAACUCAAACUCCCAACACAACAAUAACCACACUAGUGAUACAACUUUUCAAAAAAACAUCAACAACAACAACAGCAUCAGUUCAGUCACCAGCAACCUCCAUUCAAUAAACAACAUUAAUCCAGACCAGGAAAUUAACAUCAAAAAUGUAUUUGAAAAUAAGACCCAACCAUUUUUUGGUGUCACCCUAAAUACUUAUUUAGACGGCAAAGAUCCUUCCCAUGACUAUAAAUAUCGCAAUAACAUUAAUACCAAAUACAAAAUGAAUAGCGAUAACUUUUUGUCCAACAUAAAUGACAUCAGCGGAAUUUUUAACAACAACAACAACAACGAAAAACAACAAAACACUAAAAACCCUAAUAACAUUAACAACAACAACAACAACAACAUCAACAAUAAUUACAUCAAUAGUAACAACAACGGUAAUAAUUAUGACAUCAUCAACGAGAACAGCAGCCAAAACAUCAACAACAACAACAUCAACAACAACGACAUCAACAACAGCCCUUUCAACAUCCCUCCGUGCUCUUAUUUCGUUGACAAAUUUGACUCUUCAAAAGAAACACAAAGAUUUAAUAAUAGCCUGGAUUUUGUAACUAUAAAUUUCAGUAGCACCGAAGAAAGCAUUAACAAAAAGAACAUCAACAAGAGUAAGAACAAUAUCAUUACCAUCAAAAAUAACAUUUUUGACGCCAGUAACAACAACAGCAAUGACAACAACAACAACAACAGCAAUAUUAAUAACAUUAACAGGAUUGAUAAAACAUUAAACUUUGAGUUGAACAAAGGCACAUUCAUCAACGAUAAUGACGUAAAUGAAACUAACACAAACAACAACAACAUCAACAUCAACAACAACACCAACACUAACAUCAACAAAAACAACCACAAUAAUGACGUCAACAACAAUAAUUUACUUGAUACGAAAACGGGUGUGACGAAGCCAAAAAAGGUGUUGCGUAACAAACUAGUUACAGCGCAUAUAGAGCCUGUUUACACACGUGAAUCCUCUCAUCACGUACUUGCAUUGUAUUUAAUGAGCGGUGGUAUUCUUGCAUUCGAAUCUGGUCACUGCAACAACGGAACCAAGCGCCUUACUCAUUACGCCAAGAUGCCGAUAAAAUAUUUUGCGAAACGCAAACAAUUCUACCUACCUCUGUUAUUAAAGCUGCUUACAGCUGCUACGAUUUCAGGAUUAAGAAAAAAUUGA